AUGAAAACGCAAAACAGACGAGCCGGAACGACAGGCAGCGCUGAAGCCAUAAAAGCGGGCGUUGCUCCUCUAACCCGUCCUCGGCCCAGGAAGAGAGUAUGUGGAGAGAAGAGCCCGCCGAGCCACAAGGAGUCGGUUGGUCUUUCUGCUUCACCCGAAGAUAUUGUUAGGUGGGAGCACGUCCACAAUGAUCUCAAGGGGAGCGUCGGCCGUAAGUCACGAGAUGGCCCCAUUUGUCCCCGAUUGUUCGAGGAUUGCGCUACCGAUGGCAUCCGAGCUGGACCCUGCAUCUCGAAUCUCUCAAAUCCGGCUGAGUGCUUCCUCGACAGUUGCCUUGCCAGGCCAAGAGGGUAG